UCUCUUCCUUAACUGAACACAACACAAGGCAAAAGAAUUAUUUCAUUGCAAAAAUCUCUCUCUCUCUCUCUCAUUCACCCUCUGCAGUUCACCUACUAUAGUAACAGCCACGCCUCAAUAUAUUUAUAUAAUGAUAUUGUUAUGAAAUAAAGAAGGAAGGAACCGGGUUUGUGUGUGUGCGCUUUGGACAUUGUGUGCAUAUUUCUUUCUUCUUCCUAAACAUUGAUGUAAUUAAGGAACUUUGCUUCUGGUCUCAGUUUGCUGAGAUGGGACUUUCGGCAUAAGGUGGAUAUGAUUCAAAUUUUUGGGGUGACGGUGCUGUUAACUGUUGCUAUCAACUAAGUUUGUAUGGAUACCAGUUUUUGUUUCUUCUGCUUCUGGUCUGUUUAUUCUUCAAUUUUGCUGUUGCUUUUUUUGCUUUUAGUCAAAGGAAGUAACAUUUGCCACUUUGCCUUUGGAAUCUCAAAGUGGAAGUUCCACUACCAUCAUCCAGGUGACAUGAACAUCAUGAUGCAAAACUUGGUAGAGAGACUAAGACCCCUCGUGGGUUUGAACGGAUGGGACUACUGUAUCUACUGGAAACUGAGUGAAGACCAAAGGUUUCUUGAGUGGUUGGGAUGCUGUUGUGCUGGCACUGAAAGCAAUCAAAAUGGUGGCGAAGAACAUCUUUUCCCUGUCUCUUCUGUGGCUUCAUGCAGGGACACCACUUUUCCCCACCCCAGAACAAAGCCUUGUGAUCUUCUCUCUCAACUUUCCAUUUCCAUACCCAUAGAUAAUCCUGGGAUUCAUUCACAGACCCUAUUAACAAACCAACCCAAUUGGGUGAACUAUUCCAACAGUUUGGAUCCUAACAUUUUGGAAGAAACAAUUGGGACCCAGGUUUUGAUUUCAGUGCCAGGUGGACUAGUUGAGCUGUUUGUAACUAAACAAGUGUCUGAAGAUCAUCAAGUAAUAGAUUUCGUGACAAGCCAAUGCAUUGCUCUUGUGGAGCAGGAAGCAGUGAACCACUCAAUGGGCUUCAACAUUGACGUGAACUCAAUGAGCAACAUGCAAUCAAAUCCACUUUUAGGCGAAGAAAACGAAGGGAACAACAGGAUCAAUCACUUCCACCCUUCAGAACACGUCAUCACUAUGGACCACCGCACUGGUUUAUGCAAUGCACCACUUAACUUCAUGCAGCAGUUCAACUACAACAACAGAAUGAAGAGCGACGCGUUUUCUGAAGUAGAAUACCAAGGUUCCUUCCUGCAUGACAAGCAAACAAACCCAGAAGAGGAGCACGACACGUAUCAGAGAAGCCUCAUGACAGAUUCACAAUACGUGGUGGAGCCUUUGGACUCGAAAGAUAAGCAAGAGGAGGACAAGGACAUGCUGAAACACGUUGUUGGAAGAUCAGAUUCAAUGUCAGAUUGCAGUGACCAGAACGAAGAAGAGGAAGAUGGAAAGUAUAGGAGGAGGAAUGGGAAGGGAAACCAGUCCAAAAACCUUGUGGCUGAGAGGAAGAGAAGGAAGAAACUCAAUGACAGGUUAUACAAUCUUCGUUCUUUGGUUCCAAGAAUCUCUAAGCUUGAUAGGGCCUCCAUUCUCGGAGAUGCCAUUGAGUAUGUGAAGGAUUUGCAGAAGCAAGUGAAAGAGCUCCAAGAUGAGCUUGAGGAUAAUGCAGACACUGAAAGCAACUGCAUCAAUAACCAUUAUGUGGGUGCAGCUGAACUUGGCCCAAACGCUGAACAUGGUAAGGCCCAAACUGGGUUUCAUGUGUCCAAACAAAAGCAGGAUGAUGCUACUGUCAUUGACAAGCAGACCCAGCAGAUGGAGCCUCAAGUGGAAGUGGCUCUGAUAGAUGGGAACGAGUAUUUUGUGAAGGUGUUCUGUGAGCACAGGCCUGGUGGGUUUGUGAGAUUGAUGGAGGCUUUGAACACUCUUGGCAUGGAUGUAGUGCAUGCCACGGUAACCAGCCACAAGGGCCUCGUGUCAAAUGUUUUUAAAGUGGAGAAAAAGGACAGUGAAACAGUUGAGGCUGAAGAUGUAAGAGACUCACUGCUAGAGCUUACGCGGAACCGUUAUAAAGGGCGGAGUCAUGAGAUGACAGCAACUUCGGAAAAUGGUGUUGGAAGGGAUCAACAUCAACUCCACAACCACCAGAUUGGUGCCUACUCGCACCAAUUUCAUAGUUAACCUUAGACCAUGAUAUCAUGCAUUCUCUCACAAACUUUGUUAUUAAACAUUAUUAAUAAAUGUUGAUCAAUUAAUUAUACUUUGACAUCGAUCAAUGAUAAGUAUGGAGCCGCUAAUUUGCUGUGA